GGUCAGACGCGGAGAGGGGUUUGCAGAACGCAGACGACUCGCGAGGGCCCUCUGUACAAGUCGCGGGAUUUUGGCGCGCUCUUUUUGUUGGCUGGGUGUUCUUGCCGGUGAUUGGUUCCGGACUGUCGCGGCUGCUGGGUUGAUCUCGGUUGUACAGAGGCGGCACGGCCCUCGGCUGGCCUCCUGGGGGAUGGGCCACCAGGAAUCUCCACUGACCAGAGCUGCGGCGGGAGGUGCAGCUUACAUAAAGAGGUUACGUAAAGUGCUCAGCUGGCGCGAACUCGAGGACAGCCACGGGGAUCUGGAAGCCCAGGCCUCCCCCGGGAACGUUGCUGUCACUGCAGGAGCAGCGCCGCGACCGGCUGCACGUCUCGCCCGGGUCACCGCCUCGCGCCCUACUCGGCUCUGCAGACAACCUCGGCUCGGAACGGACCAUCCUCCGGCGCGGGCUCCUGGGGGGAACCGGUCCGCCCGGAAGUGGAACUGCGCCGGGCAGAUCACAAUCCAAGGUACCGCUCCUCCGCAUCUCGGGGCUAGACGGAGGGAUGAGGCUGGGGGGGCCCGGGCGGCGCCGUUGCUGCUCCCCCCGCCUCCCGCAGCCAUGGAAACGGGGAAAGAGAACGGAGCCCGCAGAGGGACAAAAAGCCCGGAGCGGAAAAGGCGAAGCCCAGUGCAGCGGGUGCUCUGCGCGAAGCUGAGGCCGGCGGCCCAGGCCAUGGAUCCCGCUUUGGCCGAGGCCCCGGGCGAGGCCUUCCUAGCCCGGCGGCGGCCAGAGGGCGGAGGCGGCGGCGGUAGCCCUGCGCGGCCGCGCUACAGCUUGUUGGCAGAGAUCGGGCGCGGCAGCUACGGCGUGGUUUAUGAGGCUGUGGCUGGGCGCAGUGGGGCCAGGGUGGCAGUCAAGAAGAUCCGCUGCGACGCCCCCGAGAACGUGGAAUUGGCGCUAGCUGAAUUCUGGGCCCUGACCAGCCUCAAGCGCCGUCACCAGAAUAUUGUGCAGUUUGAGGAGUGCGUCCUGCAGCGCAACGGGUUAGCCCAGCGCAUGAGUCACGGCAACAAGAACUCACAGCUGUACCUGCGCCUGGUGGAGACUUCACUCAAAGGUCGAUCCUUCGGGACCCACAGUCUCAUCGUGUCUCGGACAGGAUGGCAGAGGGCACAGGUGGUGGCGAUCUCCUGACAGCUGGACCUCCCACAAUGUGAAGCUUUUGCUUUGGUUUCCCACGCUACCCUUUUCUUUUUCCUUUGUUAUAAUAAUAAUUAUUAUUUUAAACAUUAAACCAUCAAGACUUCUGAAGAGCAGAAGGCUACACUCUGGACAGGCACCUUUGUAUUGUUUGAGUUUUUGUUUUGUUUUUAAGAACAUUGAAUGUGGGCAAAGCUUAUGCAUAUAUUCAAUGUUAAUCCGUUAAUUUCUUAAGUUAGGAGACAAUUUUAGUUGUAUCUUUCAUGUUCUGUUUUCUUUCUUACACGUCUUUCAGUUUUGCUCUAGCAUCCCACUUCCCAAAGAAGUUCUAUCUAUCCCGAGUUUUGGUGUUUCUCCUGGAAAGGGAUACGAAGACACAAGGAAGCAGCCUCUGAGUUCCCUCCCUACCAGACGUGGGAGCUCUUGGACUCACUCCUUGGAUGGGCUUGUUGGUCAUGGCCAGCCCGCAGGCCUCAGAUAGGAUCAGAGAUGAAGAAACUCUCAGAAGAGGGAGACCAGGGUUUGGCCAGAAGGACUCUAAAGAAGACCUAAACCAUGGGUUUGGUUCUCUUUAAGUUCUUAGGAGCCUCAGGCCACACCAGGACUCACUGUAGUUGGAAUUGCUUCCUUCUGCCCUUUCCAACCAGGGUCCCUGAGGAAGUAGACCAAGAGUGAUCAUCCCAUCACUUGGGGAUAAUGAGACCCCACCCGCACCCCACUUGCACAAGCCUAUCUUCUAUUAGGACUGUUGUGCCAACCCUCAUCAGACUUGGUCUUCCUUGGCCUCUUGCUACUGCUAUGAGGCCAAUACCUUUUUCUCUGGAUUUUGCCUCCUGGAUUAUCUUCCCAGUGUGCUGCAAGUCCAGCCUGUCAUAGAGACUACCUAGCCCCGGUUUUGACCAUUGCAGAGUACCCUCAACUGGCUGCUGCCAUCAUUUCCUCAUAGUGAAAGGUGUGCCCUGUGUACCAGGAUCCAUGGUGUCACUCACCACUGGGUGAUACUGUCAAGCGCCAUCUCUGUUACCCCCAGGGACUUCAUGUUAGGUGAUCAACCUCUUUGUAACUGUUGUCUGAUGAGAAAAGAAAGGAUCUGCCUUGAAUAGGGAGGUAUGAGGCAGACAGGGAUGCCCAUUUGGCUACUAGAGGGCCCAUAUAGCAGCUAGCCAUCUUAAAGCAUCCCCAGUCUAGAUCCCUGUGACUCUGCUGUCUGUUUGCAUAGCCUUUCACUCUUAACUCCCCUGCAGUGUUCUUACAACCUCCUAAGGGGAGAUACCUUCCCUCCAGCUGCUUCAUGGACCCUGUCAUUCUCUCUGGUGCAUCCCUUGACUUGGAUGCACCUUUGGUUGCUCCAAAACUUUUCCAGAUUGUUCACCUUGUUCUGGCCACGUGGGAUGGGGUCUCUGGACAAGGAAGGAAGGAAGGUAUCUAUCUGUUCAUUCUUGUUUAUCUUCCUAAACUAGCGUAGGAUGGAUAGGGAAGUGAGAGGCCAAGGAGAGCUUUUCUUCCAGCAGCUGUCCCUUGGUCCUGUAGUGUGGGGAAGGCCAUCACAACACUGAACCCUGCUCAGCUCUGUCCACUUGCAUUUUCCAGCCUUCUCUCAGGCAACUCAGCACCACCAAAGUUUCUUCCCCUUCUUGGCCAGAGGUCAGCUGCUGUUCUUGUGGGUACGUGGCUGCAGGUGGUAAUGUAGGCCCUUACCUUGUGCUGUUCUGUGAUAGCAUCUUGUCUUCUUGAGUGACAUUUUAAGCAGCCUCCUGAGCAUAAUCAGAGUAGCACCUGGGAGGGUGGGAGCAGCAGCAUCCCCUAAUUGCAAAGUACAUUCCAUUUCUGUUCCAUGCCCCUCCCUUCCCCUAGGUACUGCUGUCUCUUUGUGCCUGAGCAGAUGGGAAAGGCAGUCUCUGAGCUCAGACCCCACACUUCCUGCUGUAGUCCUGCUCUGGGUUCCUAGCAAAUCACUAGUCUACCUACCUUUCUCUUUCUCUUCCCCAUCUCUUAGCUCUCUACAAUCAAGAAUUUGGUUACAGUGCUUUCCCACCGUACUUUUCUUGGUGUCAAAGUAGCCCCCAUAGGUUGCAGGUGGGUAGCCUGGUAAGGGGUAGCCUGCUUCCCUGCACCUUAUCUUCCAUGCUCCCAGCUGGUUCUGGCCUGAUGAUUGCACCUCUAUCUCUGGCUCAGAUGAGAGCCAGGUCUUGAGCCCCAAGUGCCUGUUCCUGUUAUUUGUUGUUGUUGUUUUUUUCUGUUUGUCCCCCCCCCCCCCCUUGCAGUCUAUGCUGUCACCUACCAGCCAGAUGGAAGCUGGCCCGGUGACCUGCUUGCUGUACUCUGGCUAGUGAGUCAGCCUCUGGUGGGCUCUAGUCUUCUCCAAGCCUGGCUCCCUGGCUCUCUGUCUCUUAGGGAUCAGCAUCCUUGUCCUCUGUUAUUUCCCCUUCUGCCUCUGUAUGGGGUGCAGGCCUGCCAGUAGCUCUGUGGGGCAUCGUCUCAGGUGCCUCCAGGUUUGUUAGAUCUGUCCACAUUCUAGAAGUUUGCAGAACUUGGAACAUUUGUCCCUUUUUUGGGGUGUGAGGAUUGCCUGUUGGGAGAUUGUUCUGGCCUGAGUACUCUGCACUCAGAGCUCAGCUCCCUGUGAGUGAAGGACAGAUCAUAGUGCCUUAUUUCCAUUGUCCUCCUCUGUCCAGACUGCCUGAAGCAGGUGGCUGUCUUCACUGUGUCCAUGUCACUUGUACUCACACUCUCCCACCUGUAUAUAGCCACAGGGGACGGAAAACUCUGAGCCCCACCCACUUUCUGUGGGCCGUAGCCAGACACACCUCCCUCUUGCCUCUGUGGCCCUUCCAGCAGUUCCCGACCAGGACCAAACGCUGCUGCCCACGUAUGCACACUGCCUCUGUCCUUCCUCUUCAUACCUCUAGCCGGAAGACACUGACUGCACCAACUGAACUGGCUCCAGCUAACCCCCUCUGGUCAGAGGAGACGAAGGGUCAGGCUUUAGCCUCACCUAGCUCCAGGGCGUUGGGGCGGGGAGUAGGAACUCCAGUCCCACCUUGUAGGUUUGCCCUUGGGCUGCCUGAGGGAUGUCUUAAUGUUUACUUACAGAAAUACCCUGUUUACAGCUGGAGGAAAAGCACGCCCACUCUAGGUGAAGAUCUGACUCUGGAUAGGGCCUGGCCUCCUGUGGCACUGCCAGUGGUGACUGCAGUGGUAGGUGAGGCAGAAGCCUGGAGUGAGCCCAGAGCCCCUCGACUCACUUCCUAACCCUGUGGUGCUAAGACCACUCCUGCCCUCCUCAUAGCCUUCUUGCCCCAACCUCCGUCAUUCCUUCCUCCAAGAUUUCAGCUCGUUAGCAUAUCACUAUUUUAGAAAACCAGUGUUUGCAGCAAUAAGGUUAUAUUGUUUUUGUGUGAAUCUUUUUCCAAGAACAGAAAAAGGACAUUGUGGGAAUCUUUAUGCUAUUAGCUGUUUACUGUGUUAGAAGACAGCAUAAAAGGAUGGAUUGUAUGGGGGUUUUAACCUGUAGGUGUCUUUUGCAAACUUGGGAAGAGCAAGAGUCUAACUGCGAUCCUCCAAGGAGGGCACGCUACUGCCCUGCCUUAUUCCGUUGUCCCUCCCAACCCUGCUCACCUCACUGUGAGCUCUCCCCACCUCUCUCUUGCUCCUUUGCCCCGCCUUCCACAUCUGGGGGCACUAGGGGCUCAACUCUGGGUAGGUCUUUGGGUUAUCCCGACCCUUGACUGGGUUCUUUCUCCUCAUCUGGCAGCUCCAGACAGCUGCUGGGAGUCUACUUCAGAAUUGGCCAAGCUUGGUUAUUCGGCUCUCCAGGCAGCAGACUGUGGAAGCUGAUGCCUCUGCCCUGGCUGAUUCUGAUUUGUCAUACAGCCUUCAGGUCAGCAUAGGGUUGACUUUGAGGGAAAGGAGCCGCCUGGAAACACGCUCUGGGAGGGGAGCCCAGUAAGUAUUCCAUAGCAUUGGCUGAUGUCAGCAUCCACAGCCAUCACCGAGGGACGCGUCUACUGCCAUUGGUUGCCUAGGGGCCUCCAGGAUUGAGGAGAGUACCAGGAGUGAGCCUUUCGGUUGUGGGUUUUGUGUGGGUUUUUGUUGUUGUUGUUGUUUUUGUUUUUUUAAAUCCAGAUGAGAUCAUAGGAAGAAGGAAACCUACUUAGGGUUUUGUUUUUGCUUUUGUUUUUAAAUUGCAUCCCAAAGGCUACUUACCAUCAAAACCGGAGGAUAUUUCAGUUAUUCUUAAUGCUCAUGUGGGUCAGACUUGGUUUUGAGGGAGAUUUAAAGCCAGGCACAAGGUUAGUUUCAAUACUAGUUAA